ACAAACUCCUCCCUCUCCACAACAACGGUCGACUAGAGCGAUGUCAGCAAAUGUUGAGCGUUGGCACGAGUCAAGUUUGGCAACAUCUUCGUACCCCGUCGUGAAACUUUUUUUUUCGUAAAUUAUCAGGGCUUAGGAGAAGAGGAAGGGGAAGAGGCGAAUUUUCAAGGAUAUCUCCUUUCUUCCUUUCUCGUUAUGUAAGGCUCGCCUAGAUUUUCAUUGGCAGAGGGUGUGAGUUUCCGCGUUCAUGGACUUGUACUCUGUCUCCCCUCGAAGGCAGAACGAUCAAAGAAGAAACAGUCUCCCUCAGCCUUUCGUUCUUCGCACAAACGUUGGCGGUCGAGCACGGCUUCGUCCACCGCCUCGCAUGCUCUCUACCUCUGCCCUCAAAUCGACCGGUGAUUGUGGUCUUGCUUGCCAGGAGCUCUUCAGGGUGUGGCGGAGUUUCAAGAUGUCGGGUGAUCAAAGUGCAGAGAAAUUGGACAACAUGCUGAAGAGCAUGGAUCAGAUCCAGACAACUCUCAAACAGAUUGAGGUGAAUGGACGACCUGGAGACUCGGAGGAGUAUUACCCACCAAGAUUAGACAAACAAAAGGUGUUUGCAAGGAUUCGAUGUAACGUUAUCACUGUAGGUGAUAUUGAUACAGUAAGUCAGCAGUUUACAGCAGAGAUAUAUUUGAGUGUCACGUGGAAGGAACCAAAUGUUAAAGGCAAGAAGAGAGAGGAGGUAAAUUGGGAUGAGCAAUGGGAUCCUCGUAUCUAUUUCUUUAAUGCAGUGAAUAUAGAUAAGAUGCAAACCAAUCAUUACAUCAUUCCCAAUGAAGAUGACGAUCCUAGUGGUAGCCCGGAUGUUCGUUUAUCGAUCAGAAUGAAAGGAACAUUCAAGUGCAGUAUGCAACUCAAGGAUUUCCCCUUCGAUUGCCAGGAUCUGACUAUUAAACUGAUGUCUGAUUGGCCAGUAGAAGAUGUGGAGUUUGUGAAAGAUAUGAAUAUCAAGGACAGCAUCAGACUCGAUACAUUCACAGCUGGCCAGCAAUGGAAGCUAUGGAAACAUGUAUUAGCUCAACCAAUAGAGGAAGACAAAGCUUUAACAGGAGCACAUAGAUCUUAUCCUAUCUAUCAUAUCACCACACAUGUGCAACGGAAACCCGGCUUCUAUAUCUGGAAUAUCGCCCUCAUCAUGCUGUUGAUCGUCAUCUUAACUUUCACAUCGUUUGUGGUAGAACGAGGGGCUCCAGCAGACAGACUGAGUGUGACAGUCACUCUACUUCUCACAGCAGUAGCAUUCAAAUAUGUCGUCAGUCAAUCUCUUCCACUCAUAUCUUAUCUAACCAUGUUGGACAAGUACGUGUUAUCCUGCCUCAUCUUCCAAUGUUUGGUGGUCGGUCAGAACGCUUUAUCAGCCGUAGUCGAACUCAACGAUCCCGAUAAAGAGAAGGACUGGGCGAAAUGGUUCGAUUUUAUCUCCAUCAUCGUGCUCGCUGGCAUGGUAUUCAACAUCACCGUUGGGUUUAUCAUCUCUAGUCUUAUAAGGCAAAAUAAAACAACUCAGAAGAUGAAGAAGAUAACAGCCGGAUACUUGGAGAAAUGCGAGCAGAUAAACCAAAAUUGGCAGACCCGCCAGCGAAACCGAGAGGCUAGUAGGAAGAGCAAAGAGGAGCGAACAAUUCCACCGACGGAGAAGGCCGUCCAGGCCGGUGCCGCUGCCAAGGGAUUGAGCUGGAAGAGGGCUAGCAAGGAAGUGGGUAACAAUGGCAAAAGCAACGUAGAGAUGCAAGGUAUUAAGACGGAAGCCAGCCUCAAACCCGAGUCCAGUUCCCAUCCUUCUGGUAGUGCCUCAACUCAACAAACUACUGCUACAUUCGCCGUAUAAACAUUAUCCUGCCAUAUAGCACACCACCAGUCAACUAUCUGACUGAAAUGAUACAGAAAUAUAAUGGGACAUUCGUCGCAUUACCUCCCUGGUAAAAAAUAAUCCACUGCUCAAAUCAUUAUAUCAAACGUUUAUAACCAAUUUAGAGACCCUGUCACAUAUUAAUAUUGGCCUCUGCAGAUCCCGUGUGUAUCCGGUUCACUUUUUUCACCAGAAGGUGCAAGAAGGCCGUAAUUUUUUUGCCGUGAAAUUGUAAAUACCCUAAACACCCUAAGAUCUGUAAACCAGUUGAAUUACAAAAUUAAACUUUCAAAUUAAUAAAAAUAACUUUUGAUGACAGUAUUUGUCAAAGACAUUGAAGUGCAGUGUGAAGAGCACAACAGACUUAUUAAGUUCAGACGUUAAUCAACGUUCGAUACUUUCCACCCAUGUGAAUGAGUUUAUGAUUUUGAAGAAUACCUCAGUCGACGAGAUUUUCCUUUAAAAGUUGUCCCUGCAUCCCCCCUCCCCUGCAGAUUCAAUUUGACUUGGAUUCCCUUCAGGCUGUGAGUCGUUUCCAUUCUUAGUUGAUGUGACUUAUAUUAAAAAUAAAUUGACUCGGAAUGGUGUGGCGUUGAUUGAAAUCAACUCAUACUGAGUCAAAGAGAUCCAAGUCUUUUAAACUCAGAAUGAAAUUGACUCCUAAUUGACGUAGUUUUUAGUCAAAAUGGACUCAGAAGAAACAAGAGUAUAUAUUGGGGCGGGAUUUAAUACAAUCAUCACAAGGACCAGCUUACCAAAAUUUUUUUUAAAUAUAAGAUUGAUCUCUAACUAUUUUUUUAAGAAAAAUCAAAAUCUCGAUUUUUUUUUUCAUAAAAGUAGAAUAAAAUGUUAUUACAAUUUUUUUGCAUUCAAUUCACAACGCUGUGGGCGAAUGUUGACGCCCUCUACGUUUCAGUGAUUCUUUUAGCAAGGCCUGCUUGUCUUGUACUGCUCAUUAACGAAUAAACUUUUGAGAGUAGGGGAGACCGGGGUUAGUUGGAACAUGGGGUAUGUUGAAACAUUGCAAUUUUCUUUAACGCCUGUAAA